AUGGCGUCCGUGUAUAGCGGGUCCCAUACCUUGAGCAAGGAUGAUGUGCACUACAUGAUGCAUUUCCGAAUGAUAAACGAGCAGCAGGUUGAGGAUAUCACCAUCGAGUUUUUCUACAGGCCGCACACGAUAACGCUGCUGUCAUGCACGGUCCUCAGUUUGAUGUAUUUCGCUUUUACAAGAGAUGAUGGAAAUCCUGACAGUAAUAUCUGGGUGGGGCUCAUCCUGGUCAUCUCCUUCUUCCUAAUCAUCAGUGUUCUGGCGUUUCCCAACGGUCCUUUCACCAGGCCACAUCCAGCAAUAUGGCGGAUAGUUUUUGGUCUGAGCGUGCUCUACUUCCUCUUUCUGGUUUUCAUCAUCUUCCUCAACUGGCAGCAGGUGAAGCAGCUCAUGUAUUGGCUGGAUCCGAACCUGCGCUACGCCAAGAGAGAGGCCGACGUGAUGGAAUAUGCUGUGAACUGCCACGUCAUCACGUGGGAGAGGAUCCUGAGCCAUUUUGACAUCUUUGCCUUCAGCCACUUCUGGGGCUGGGGCAUGAAGGCCCUCCUCAUUCGAAGCUAUGGCUUGUGCUGGACCAUCAGUAUUACCUGGGAGCUCACUGAGCUGUUCUUCAUGCAUCUGUUGCCUAACUUUGCUGAGUGCUGGUGGGACCAAGUGAUUCUGGAUAUUCUGCUGUGUAAUGGAGGGGGAAUCUGGCUUGGCAUGACUGUCUGCCGCUUUUUGGAGAUGAGGACGUACCACUGGGCCAGCAUUAAGGACAUUCACACCACCACAGGGAAGAUCAAACGGGCCGUGCUGCAGUUCACCCCCGCGAGCUGGACCUACGUGCGCUGGCUGGACCCAAAGUCCUCCCUUCAGAGAGUGACGGGCGUCUAUAUGUUCAUGAUCAUUUGGCAGCUAACAGAGUUGAACACAUUCUUCCUCAAACACAUUUUCAUCUUUCCUGCGAGCCAUGCUCUCAGCUGGUGUCGAAUCCUCUUCGUCGGCAUCAUCACGGCUCCAACAGUAAGGCAGUACUACGCAUACCUUACAGACACACAGUGCAAGAGGGUUGGGACACAGUGCUGGGUCUUUGGGGCCAUAGCCUUUCUGGAGGCCUUAGCGUGCAUUAAGUUUGGCCAGGACUUGUUCUCAAAAACGCAAAUCCUCUAUGUGAUCCUCUGGCUGUUGUGCUUGGCCUUCAUUACAUUUCUGUGUCUGUAUGGAAUGGUGUGGUAUGCAGAAACAUAUGGUCCCAGGGAAAAGAGCUACUCAGAAUGUGAGGACAGUAAUUACAAUGAGUCUCCUGAGCAUUCGUCAGAGGGAUUUAAAGGCGAGAUCGACGUGGACGGGGAUAGCCCAACAACCAGGCAGAGAGGGAAAGGCUCUGGGAAGGCAAAGUCCAUCAACGGCCUCGACGGCCAAGACCCCCACGUACAGCACAGGGAGUGGAGAUGGCAGAGAAGCAGCGGAUGA